AUGGGCAGCUCUGCUGCCAAGCAAGCCUCCGAGGAGUUGUGCGCCGCAGUGCAGCGCGGUGACCUUACAGCCUGCCAGCGCCUUGCUGAGGGCUUCAGGGAGCCGGGAUCCGCCUCGACAAUCCUCGAUGCCCUCACUUCCGGCGGUCUGGCUGCAUUGCAUGUGGCUGCAGCGAGCAGCCGAGUGGACAUUGUGUGCUUCUUGUUGGAUCUGAACGCGGAUGCGAUGGUGCGGGACUCGAAGCAGCGCACGCCCCUACACUGUGCUUCACGUGCCAUCAGCCCUCCAAAUUGCACUGCCUGCGUGCAAGUGCUGCUUCGUCACCGCGCCGAUCCUUUCAGUGCCACAGAGCUUGGGAGCACGGCUCUUGACUUGGCACGAGGGGCUCGCUGCGCUGGCUGCGUUCGAGCGUUGGAAGGCGCUGCCGUGCUGUGGCAGGGUUACGUGGAUGCUUACCAACCGAAGCUGUUGGUCAUCCCUACUUGGGCUACGAAGUGGCUCGUGGUACUACGUGAUCGCAGACACAACACUGGCCCCAGCUUUAUUGCAAGGGGCAGCGUUCACAACGCCUUCAAACAAGCUCAAACCCUGGUACGAGACCACCUGUCUGGACCUUCCUUCUCGCAUUCAUGUCCACAGUGCAGCAAGUCCAAUGCGGUUCCUGACUUUGUGGACAGCUUUCAGUGUCGCCACUGUGGGACGAUGUUGUGUGUACCAACCAGCUUGCAGUUGGCACUCUACGAUUGCCACCAGGAUGUGCCAGAUGCGCGGCCGGUGGCGGUGCUGUCCUUGCCCCAGGACCCGCGCUGCAUCCGCAUCAAGCCGCUGGACAACUCCGGGGCACAAGGAAGUUGGUUCCGUGGAGCACUAGGAGGACUGGGCCUUGCUUCCUCCCGUCCGUUUGGCCUUUCUGUGUCAGCACAGGACCUGGAGCGGGGAGGCGAGGUUGGCUUGGCCGUGAGGUUUUCGACGGCAGAGGAAUGUGCACAGGUAAGGCACGCGUUGCUGAAUCCACUGCUCAGCACCAGGUCGCUGGUGCCGAAGGAUGCCUAUGACGCUCUCCUCGCAUUGCCGGUUGCAGCUGAAGAGGAGCUUCCACUUCCAUCUGCGCCGCCAGCUGAAGUGUUGGAACCUGCUGUCGUGCCUGCGCCACAGGCCGCACAGCAAGCAGUGCAGCAUUUGGAACAGGGUCAGGAGCACGGCGCGGAGGAGGGCACCUGCGUUGUGUGUUUGGAGCGGCCGGCAACGAUGGCAAUUCUGCCCUGCGGUCACCUUUGUCUAUGUCAGCAAUGCAAUGUGUAG